UGCAGAUCAGAGGCACAGCAGAACAGAGCUAGCGUCGGACACUGAUACAGACCAUGCUGCAGACCUCGACAGCGUUUGCGGACGCCUCCGUCGCCCGGGCGCCCCACCCGUGGCAGGCAGCAGACACAUCGAUCACGACGGCCACGACCAUCACGGACCCGCUGGCGUUCAUCAUCCAGGAAUGCACGUUCAUUCUCUCGGCGAUGCGCAAGAACAACAAGUCGGCGUCGAGCCCCUUUGCGGCGAUCUUGUUGAACCAAUUUCUCAGCGACGGCACGCGUGCGGACGACAACGACCUGAGCAGCAGCAGCUUCGGCACGAGCACGGUCAGGAACCCGAACACUAACAAGUACGCCACCAAGUUCAAGGACGACGACCACUUCUUGUCCGGCUUUGUCGAGUUGCGCUCGAUUCUCUCCGAUACGCGUGACAUCACGUUGGUGGACAUCAUCACGCUCUUGCAGCCCUUUCUAGUGGUGAUCAAGUCGCCGUCCACGUCCUGCCACAUCACGAACCUCGCCAUCUCCUCCCUCGCCAAGUUCCUGCACUACGGCAUCAUCAGCGCCAACCAGACAAACAUUGUUCAGGCGUUGUCCCAGAUUGUCUCCACUUUGGCGCACUGUCGUUUCGAGGGCGCCGACCAGACACAGGACGACUUGCUCCUCGUGAAGAUCAUCCAGCUGCUCGAGUCCAUUGUCGCAUCCCCUCUAGGCGAUCUUCUCACAGACGACUCCAUGUACGAAAUCAUAUCCACGUGCUUCUCCUUGGCUAUCAACACCAGACGCAGAGACAUGCUAAGAAGCGCCGCAGAAACGUCUCUCCUCACUAUUACUCAGAUAUUGUUUUCCAAGCUCAAGGAGUUGGAAUCUAAGCCGGAAAUCGACCACAACACAAAGAGCGCCCAAGUGGAGUUUACCAAUGACUCGCUCCCAAUAGACACUAUCGGUGGAUCAAGUUCUGCAAGCCCUUCUGACAUCUCCAAAGACAGGUCGACGAGCGAACAGAGCCAAAGUGAGGAGAACAAAGCUGCUAAGCUUAUAGUAUCGCCACUAGCAACAACCACAGCCUCAGCAGAGAACUCUGUGUCAACAGAAGAUGACGAACUUAACACACUUGCUUCGCUCGAUUUGCCAGACAAGGACGCCGACCUGUCCCCCUAUGGUAUUGCAUGUAUGCGAGAAUUCUUGAAUCACACCAUCGACAUCCUCUUGCCAGAUAACAAAUACAGGUUUACGGAGGCAACCAGAACGCUUGCACUAGAAAUCCUGAUCAGAACGAUUGAAGUCACGGGCACCCACAUCACCAAGCAUAAUCAGCUCUUUUCUUUGAUAUCAGAUAAUUGCUGCCACCAUUUGGUCGAAAUCAUUCAAAAUAGCGAAUCUUCGAUCCUGGUCACCCUAUCUCUGAAACUAAUCUUAUACUUUGCACUUUACUUCCCCAAUUACCUCAAGAUUCAACUGGAAUUGAUUUUUGUAACCAUUUUCCAGUCCAUAAUUGCCGACGAGUCUAUGUUGAACGAGGAUCUGUCCAAAUAUCGUGAGACCGUAUUCGACAUGUCCAGGAAGGGUAAAUUUGAAACAAACUCUUUAACUGAAGUGGAGGUUGCAGAAUUGAGAAAGGAGUUUGACACAGGGAAAUCUCCUCAAUCUAAGGAAUUCCUCAUUGAAUCCUUGAGCGUUUUAUGGUGUAGAUCACCUUAUUUAUUUAUCAAUCUGUUCAAAUCUUAUGACUGUGAUUUUGACAGAACAGACUUGACAAGCUCGUUGAUCAAACUUCUAUGCAGACUAUCAUACUCAGAUUGCUCGCUGCUGACAACUGGGAAUGUGCCUCCAAUUUGCCUAGAUGGACUACUUUCCUUUGUCAACGGUAUCUAUGAAAGAAUCAAAAUUGGAAUCAAUGAGAACGUAGACCUCUCGAAUGGUGAUAAAAAUCCCUUGAUCCAGCAGUAUACAAAAAAAUCUGAUUUUAUUGAAUGUGUCAAGAAAUGGAAUGAAAAGCCAGAAAAGGGACUGGAAUCUCUACAAGAGAAAGGUUUUAUCACGGAUCCUAAUGAUGACAAAGAAGUUGCCAAAUUUUUACUUACAAACUCAGGACGUAUUGACAAAAAACAAUUGGGUGAGCUUUUGGCUAAACCUGCAAAGGUGAACUUGUUGAAAGAAUUUGUAGGAUUAUUGGACUUUAAAAAUUUAAGACCAGAUGAAUCCUUGAGAGUACUGUUGAACUACUUCAGACUUCCUGGUGAGGCCCAACAGAUUGAUCGUAUAGUAUCAACUUUUAAUGAAAGAUAUAUUGAAUGCCAAGACCCAAUUGAUGAAGUUGAUGAAAAGGCGUUGUCCGAGAAGACAAAGAACAAAGACAAAGACAAUGGAGAAGAGGAUGAAGCAGUAGAAGAAGAGGAAAAAGUUGUUCCUGAUUCCGAUGCAAUGUAUGUUCUUUCUUUCUCAAUUAUUAUGUUAAACACUGAUUUACACAAUCCUAACGUCAAGAAGCCAAUGACUUUAGAAGACUACCAAAGAAACUUGCGUGGUUGUUUUAAGGGUAAAGACUUCCCUGUUUGGUACACUGAAAAGAUGUAUCAAAGUAUUAAAGAAAAGGAGAUCAUCAUGCCAGAAGAGCACAAGGGUACCGUCAAAUGGUUUGAAACUGUUUGGCAGUCAUUGGUUGCAGAGCAAGAGAACAAGAAGGUUACAGACUCCGACUCAAUCAACGAUACAUGGACUGGAUCUAAUAAUACAGCUAUCACAGACUUAUUAGCUUUUGAUAAACUACUAUUCGAGAAACACUGUCAAGAUCUGAUUUCUUCUUUUAUUGUCAUGUUUGAUGAUGCUACACAUGAUAGCAUUGUUACCAAAAUGAUGUCGACGGUUGAAAAAUGCGCUGCAAUUGCUAUUUAUUUUGGAAUAGAUGAUAUUGUAGAUCAAAUCGUCGAAAUGACUGCACAUUUAUCAACCCUCACCGGUGUCAAGAAAUCGGAAUACUUGGUAGAUAACAGAGACAUUCUACCAAUCAUUGAGAUGGAUACUAAUGUUAGAGAAGGCGAGGAUACAGUUUUCGUCAGUGACCUUGCAGUUUUGUUCGGACGUGACUACAGGGCUCAACUGAGUAUGAUUAUACUGUUCAGGAUUAUGAAAAGGUCGAAAUACAAAGUCACAAAAGGAUGGUUUUAUGCUAUCAAGGCAGUUUUGAAACUUUUCGAAAUUGGCCUCAUCAAUCCUAACAUUUUUGAAGAAUUCCAAAAGAAAUUGGAAUUUGAAAAAUUGAACAAGCCUCCUGCAGAGUUUAACAUUAAAAAAUCUGAAGUAUUGAAAGAGAGCGGGUUGUUCUCUACUUUCUCUUCUUACUUAAAGGGUUUAUCCGAUGACACUCCAGAACCAACGCAAGAGGAGAUUGAAGUAUCGCUGGCUGCUAUUGAGUUCAUUGAAAGUACAGGUGUGAACAACUUGUUCUCCUAUGUCAGUAAAACGAGAGAUUUCGACAGCAUGAACAAGUUAGUACAGAUUUUAUUGGCUUUGUUGCCUCAUAGAAACGAGUCGACAGAAAGAUUCUACGUUGAAGAGGAACUUUUCUUAUUGGAAUUAUGUGUUUGUUAUCUUUUGGUCACCGAAAACCAAAAGUUGAUUAACCAAGUGUUUAGUAAAUGCGAUCUGUUCUUGUCUGAAGAAAAGAAGGAUUUGAAGAUGUCCACAGUGUCAAGAGUCUUAUCAUACAAGUUGCUACUCGUCCACGUGAGUUCAGAUGCUUCCAAGAGUGUUUUAGACUCUGCACUUGACAAAAUCCACGAAUUGGCAAUCAAUUCAAGAGAGGCUUUUGUUAAGCACGGCGUUAACGUAUUGCAGCCGUUAGAACAGCUAGCAAUUGUGGAAGAUUCAUGGUGUUGUAAGGAUGUGGUUAUGAAGAAUACCUACUGGGUGAUUUUGAGAGUAUUUGCAUCAUCACCCAAAAACACUGAGGCCGUUUACCAAUUUAUUUCCUCUAUAAUCAAAGAGCAUCCAACUCUUAUUGAGUAUGACAACUACAUGGAUAUUCUCGGUCUCCUGGAUGAAAUCUCUGCAGUUGGUGCUUACGGUGCUCAAUGGGAACACGAAUAUGACAAGUUGAUCGAUAGUGGAUUGAAAGUUGAAGUCAACAAGAAUCCGUACCAAGAGUUGGUCAAUAUCGCACUACAAUCAAUAACCUUGACAAGCCAACUGGGUGAUGUCAUAAAUGGUACCAGCUUUGCAAAAUCGACAGAGGAAAAGAAAGCGAGCGGUGCUGAGGUGGUCAACCCAUGGUACCCUCUUAUUGAAGCUAUUUCGCACCAAUGCUACAAUCCAUGUAGACAGUUACGGAACCAUGCAUUGAACACGUUGACGAACUUGCUAAUAACCAAUCCGAAGCUGCCAUUGAAGGAGCUUUCUUUGGAAAAAAUGCUUGAUGCUGCAUGCUUGAGAUUGUUGGUAGAGUUAAUGAAGCCUGAAGUUAACGGUACCGACGUCAAGGGAAUGAUCAAAACACAACGCGAUGUCUUGGACCUAUCUUGCAAGAUGAUUCUUACUUUCGAUUUUAGUAACGUGGAAGCGGUCGUGGACAAGGUCUUUGCUGUCUCAAGUCAGUUAUUACAGAAAAACAGAGCAUCUUACCCUAACAGCGGACAUGAGGACGAAGUCAUUGAGCUGUUACGGAACGUGUUGAUGAUCAAGAAGGACAAGUUAGACUUGGUGAAGUUGAAGGGCUACAAGAUGGACGGCGCGUUGAAGAAGUUGGUAGAAGAGGUCAUCAAGAGCAAUGCCUGAGUGGCACCCUUUAUAUAGCUGUCGGCCUAGACGUACAUAACUCUGAAUAGAAACAUAAACAUAUCUUUAUACAUGAAGCAGCCCCAAAGACGGAGACGAAGACGAAGAC